UCAACCAUAUUUUAAUCUUCUCUCACCGCCGGCUAGUGGAAUUUCCAAAGCUCUCACCUUCUUUUCCCUCAUUAUUUUAUUCAUUUACAAAAUUUAUGUUGAAUAAAAUAAAGAAACAAAUCUUCUCCUACAAACGUUUUGUCAAUUUCCAUGCACAUUAUUCUAUCUCAUUCAAGAUCAUUUCUGGGAAUGAUUAUUUAGGUGCCAAAUUCUUUGAUUAAAAGACCCAAAGUUUGCUGAGGAACAGCUUCAAAGGUUCCAUCCUGUCAUUUCUUCUUGCUCAACUUUGUUAACUUGGGAAAAUGUCAUCUAAACAAUUGAAAACAAGAGAAAAAGAUGCGUCUUUGUUGCCUGAAGAGGAACAAGCAAAGAUUGAUGACGUUAGAAAACUAAUUGGCCCAAUAGCUGACAAGUUACCACUCCUUUGUACGGAUGCAUCAAUAUCAAGAUAUCUCAGAGCAAGGAACUGGAGUACAAAGAAGGCAAGCAAAAUGUUAAAAGAGACAUUGGAAUGGAGACUUCAAUACAAGCCGGAGAAGAUCAGAUGGGAAGAUAUUGCUCACGAAGCCGAGACAGGAAAAAUUUACAGACCUAAUUACAGUGACAAACUUGGGAGGCCUGUUCUUGUCAUGAGACCUGGUUUCCAGAAUACGAACUCAACAUCAGGACAGAUCAAAUAUUUGGUUUAUUGCAUGGAAAAUGCCAUAAUGAAUUUGAACCAAUAUCAGGAGCAAAUGGUUUGGCUAGUAGAUUUCCAGGGGUUUGCAAUGGCAAAUGUGUCUGUUAAGGUGACUCGGGAAACAGCUCAUAUCUUGCAGGAUCAUUAUCCAGAGAGACUGGGCCUAGGAAUCCUCUAUAAUCCUCCAAAAAUAUUUGAAUCUGCCUGGACAAUAGUGAAGCCAUUCCUUGAGCCUAAGACAUGCAAGAAAAUGAAAUUUGUCUAUUCUGAUGAUCCAAAGAGCCUGAAAAUAAUGGAAGAAGUUUUUGAUUUGGACAAGCUGGAUGCUGCAUUUUGUGGGAGAAGCACAGGUGGAUUUGAUUAUCAAGCAUAUGCACAACAGAUGAAGGAGGAUGAUAUUAGAAAGUCAAAUUUCCUGGACUCUAGUUCUGCUUCACAGUCUCAUCGUUCGUAUUUGUCCGAACCACAUCGUUCAGGUUCGCCAGAUUUAGACCAUGAUUCUAACAUGUCGAAUGAAAGUGGAUUAUCAUCUGGUGAGGAAGCAAAUCAUUCAAAUUUGGAGUGCAUUGACAUUCAGGUGCAAGAGCUGUCACUCAGCUGCAAAGAUAUCCAGGUGGGCGAAGCAGCUGUUGCAGAACAAGUGAAAUAAGCAAGUUGGCAUGGCCCUAACCAGGGUUCUAGUCAAUUUCAUUCUUCUUUCAAAUUUUAAGCAAUCAAAUGUCAAACGCAAAUGGUAGCCUGGAUGCAACCUUUUAAUACAGCCAACCGAUUAAUUGCAUUAGAUAGCUUGAGCUUUCACAGCUGCAUAACAAAACUCUGCUGUGAAGGACAAUAAAUUUUCAAACCACUAUCAAAUGAUUUAUCCAAUGCGAUAUUAUUUUGUUUUGCUAGGAAUGAUUCAUGGAUGCAAUGCAACCUUCUCACAUUUAUUAACA